AUGCAGUUAUUGUUUCUAGUCUUCUUUCUUUUGAUUUCCGAUGCUGAAUCAUCGAAGACAGCGAAGCGGUAUCGAUGGUCACAAGUCGACAAAUGGAAUAAAAAGGCGAAGGGGAGUCGAGUACUUAUAGUGUACACUGGAGGGACUAUAGGGAUGGUGAAAGGCCCCAAGGGGUUAUUCCCACAAAAAGGGUAUAUGUCGAACAUCCUUCGAGGGAUGAGUGAGUUACAAAGUGAGAGUCGAGUUGAUUUUGAUAUAGUUGAGAUGGACCCGUUGUUGGACAGUUCAUCUAUAUCACCUAAAGAUUGGGUCAAAAUAGGCGAUAUCAUUAAUAAGUACUAUAAACAAUAUGAUGGGUUUGUUGUGUUACACGGGACAGACACAAUGCAGUACACGGCUAGUGCGCUCAGUUUCAUGUUUGAGAAUUUGAAGAAGACGAUAGUCAUUACGGGCUCCCAAAUACCUAUUGGAGAGCCUUAUACUGACGCUAAAAACAACUUGAUAUCUUCUCUGAAAAUUGCAGCACAUGUGAAUAUACCGGAAGUCGUGAUGGUCUUUGGAGGGUUGUUGAUGAGAGGAAAUCGAGUGACAAAGACGUCGGCAAGUUCACUGAGAGGGUUUUCGUCGGUCAAUUACCCGAUCCUUGCGAAGCUUGAUUUGCGAUUUGAAUUGAACCACCCACUUGUCUUAGAACAGCCAAAGGGGGAGAUGAAAUAUCACAGAAACAUGUCGAGCAAAGUCGCGGUGGUUACACUCUACCCGGGUAUUACGGGCAAUAUCAUUAAGGCAAUUGCUAACUCCGGAGUCAAAGGAAUCGUUAUACAAGCCUUUGGAGAAGGCAAUGCGCCUGAGAGUAAAGACUUUGUCGAAGGUCUGAAGUAUGCCGAUAACAAGGGAAUUGUCAUGGUAGACACAACGCAAUGUGGGAAUGGAAAUGUUAAUAUGGACUCAUAUGCAGCCGGUUCUGGUCUUAAAGAGGCGCAUGUGAUCAACGGAAGAGAUAUGACUGUGUCCGCUGCCUUCACAAAAUUGGCAAAUUUGUUCGGAAGAAAAAUGAAGGACAUUGAUCUAAGAAAGAUGAUGGAAAAGGAUGUGUGUGGCGAAAUGACUAUCCCAGUCAAGGAGGAACUUUAA